CGUCAGUAUGAAUUAGAUAAAGAAGAAGCCAACGAAUACAAGAGAGAGCGCUCUUUUCGCUCUCUCUCUCCACCUCCACUUACAUGGCCUCCUCUCCCUCACCCUCCCUAUUACCGAGCCUCUUCAUCAUCGCCGCCAUCAUCGCCGCAGUCGCCGUCAUCUCCUUUUCCAUCCAACUCCUAUUCCGAUUUCUCUCCUCCCGACGCCGCUCCAACUCCUUGGUCGCGGCCCUUCCCCUGGCUGCGGCUGUGGUCGAUUCGCACUCUUCCUCCUCCACCGCCACCACCGGCGCGGCCGAAUCAGACGACCAGGCGAACGCGGUGGAACUCAUCGAUACGCUUCCGGUAUUCACUCUCGCUUCCGCCCUGGCCUCCCUGCCCAAAUCGACGCCCGAUUGCGCCGUCUGCCUUUGCCCUUUCCGCCCCGACGACGAGCUCCGCCUCCUCCCGGCCUGCCGCCACGCCUUCCACUCCUCCUGCGUCGUCCCUUGGCUUCAAACCACCCCUUCAUGCCCGCUUUGCCGCUCCUCCAUUGCCUUCCCGGCUCCUCCCCUAACCCUGCCGACGGCGCCGCCUAUCACUCGCGACCGGAGCGCCUCGAGGUCCGGAAGCCUCCGGAUAGAGAUCGGCAACGUCAGUCACCGAAGGACCCUCUCGGCAGAGUAUCCUCCAAUGCCUCCUCCACCAGCGCCACUGCCGACGCAGUCGCACCAGAGGACGUACUCGAUAGGAUCUUCGUUCGAGUACACGGUGGAGGAGGAGUUGGAGGCAGUGGUUUCCCGGAUCACGCGGAGUGUGGAGAAGGUGAAGAAACGGCGCGAAGAAUCCGGAUCCACGGAGGCGGCAGCAGAGCCAGGGGAAGCUGUGGCAGCUGCAGCUGGGGGCGGAGAAGGACGAGCGGGGGCCGAGGGGUGGCUGAAGGACUAUGUGGAUCGUCUGGCCUCAUCAGCCUCUUCGUCCUUUUCCUCCCGCAUCUUCUCCGGGCGGUGGAGCUACCGGUGCGACGGUGACGGCGUCGGCGGCCGGAAUUCUUUUGACCUGGAAGGCAGCGCGCGGCGCGAGGCGGAGGAGGGCGGUUAUUACGGCUUCUACCAGUGGCUAAUAGGGGCAUAAACGUCAUUCCGUAGGCUACCCCUGCUCUCGCCUGCCGCCCCGAAUGUUUCUUUCGAAUAAACCCUUGAUCUUA